CCGUCAACCCCAGGAGGCUCAUCCUUUCAGUUCGGGUCAGCUUGACACCUCCAGCAGGAAGAAUGGAGGAAAGAGGAACCAGUGGAGGUUAUCCAAGUAUGGAUCCAACUGCCAUAGACUAUGAGACUGAAUUCUCAGGGAUGAAUGGAACUGCCCAGGUCUAUCCUUCAAAGUUCAACACAAAGACCCUGAUCCAGAACCUGCUGAUCAUUGUUAUUGCUCUGGUUGGGCUGCCAGGAAACUCCAUUGUGCUCUGGAUCCUGGGUUUCCGCAUGCAGAGGAACGCCAUCUCAGUCUACAUCCUCAACCUGGCAGGCGCCGAUUUCCUCUUCCUCUGCACCCAGACUGUCUAUGCCCUGGAAAGACUCAUGAGCUCCUUCCUUUCAAUCUCCAUCUCUAUUCCUUAUGUUUUCACCACUAUGUUGACCUUUUUCUAUAUAACAGGCCUUAGCAUUCUCAGUUCCAUCAGCACUGAGCGCUGUCUGUCUAUCCGGUUCCCCAUCUGGUACCGUUGCCGCCAUCCAACACACAUGUCAGUUGUCACAUGUGCCCUGCUCUGGGCCCUGUCCCUGAUGCUAAGCCUCCUGGAAGGGAAGUUCUGUGGCUUCCUAUUUUGGAAAAUGGACCGAGAUUUGUGUUUGGUAUUCCUCAGCAACAUUCUCUCCUGGUCAGUUUUCUUAUUUGUGCUUCUUUCUGGGUCCAGCCUGGCCCUUCUGGUCAGUUUGUGGUGUGGCUCCCAGCGGAUACAGCUGACCUGACUGUAUGUGACCAUCGGGCUGACAGUGUUGGUCUUCCUCCUCUGUGGCCUGGCCUGGGGCAUCCACUCAUUCCUUUUAUUCUGGAUUCAAUAUGAGUUUCAUAUGUUCCAUUAUGAAUUUUACCAGGCUGCAGAUGUCCUGUCCUGUGUCAACAGCUGUGCCAACCCCAUUAUUUACUUCUUCGUUGGAUCUGCUAGGCAGCGGUGGCAACAGAGGUGGAAACCCCUCAAGCUGGUUCUCAAAAGAGCUUUUCAGGACACUCCUGAGGAGGAUCAAAGUGAAGGCAGUUUUCCCUUGGAGAUCCUGAAGGUGUCAAGAAGCAGUCAGAUUUCCUGAUUUAAAGCCUCUGCUUCAGGCACAAGGAAGCAGCUUUGAGAGUCAGCUUGGUUCCUAUUAGUUUGGGAGGCUUAUUUGGUUGCUUUCAACCUCUGGGUAUCUGAUUGUAAAAUAGUGAUAAUUGUCCUUUUUGUGAGGAUGUAGUAACAGCACCUGCCUGACAGAGUGCAGCAUCUCUAGUGUGGCCUGAACAUCAAGCCCUCUUCCUAUACCCAGGUGAGCUCUGCCAACUCUAGGAUCCAGGACCAUUCCCACAUUUAAAGAAUUCUUUUCUCCAAAGAAGCUGAGAGCAGUGCUAGUAAAGUCUAAAUUUCUUCUGUACUUGGUAGAAAUUAAAAGAACAUUACACUUCCUACAAUCUGUCUUAAAAAAAUUAGAAGGAUUAAAGUUCAAUCUAUCCCUAAACAACAGCCUUCU